GCGUUCAAGGAUUAAAAAAAGUCUGGUCAAGUCCCUCGCGCGUUCUUGAAAUGCUUUGAAGCUCGUUCCCAGUUGCGUAUAUCACGUCGUCACCUUUUAUUUUUUUCUUAAAUCUCAUUUAGGCAUAGCCUAUCUACCAGAAAUUGGAAAGGGCUUCAAAUCUCCUGACUGGCUGUCCAUCGAUCUGUUGCGACCAUGAAACUGGGACCUGCCACUUUUAUUUGUUUCUUUAGUUUAAUGUGGUUGACAGAAUGUGCACCGCUAACAUGCUACUCCAGAGUGCUCGGAUUGAGCAAAGAAAUAAUGGACCUACUGGAAAAAGUACACAAUUACCAUCGCACGAAAACCUGCGUUGAGAUUCUACCCAAGAUGUUCAUUGAUGUGCACAAUUCCUGCCUCAUGCCCAGGCUCCGAGAUUUCCUCUACGUUGUGGAAAACCUUCCUACCCAGUACUGCAAAGAACGCCCCAGAAUUGUCCUAUUAAAGCGCAAAGUCCGGAACUUGUACGCUAUAAUCAGCAAAGUCUGUCAUCGGGACCUUGUGUACUUUACAGAUGACUGUGAGGCAAUCGACACUGGACACAGUGUCCCACGCUAUGGAGAAGACAGGCUGCAGCUUCUGGAGGAGAGAUGAGCAGAUGGCACGAAUAGCUACUGCACAUAAACAUACAAAUGUCAGUGUAGCUUAUGUAGGCUAUACCCCUUCAUGGAAAUAUACUACUAUGUUAAGAAGUACCAAGCAACCACAAGAAACAUGCCAUGCUCUAUCCACCUAAAAGCUACAGUACACGGCUUAUGUUACUGGCCAAAUUACAACGUAUGCAGACGUGGUUAUUCAGCCGAGAUGCGGAGAAACUCCACAGGAAAUUACCUGAAUACCAACCAUUCCAAUGAAAGGCUUACAAUAAUAAACCAAUAACAAAUGUUUGUGAAACUCACUAAUGGGUCAGUUUUUCACCACAAGUCUGCAUGGCUCACUUAUGUUUUUAUAACCUUUGGCACGACUGAGCGGGUUUUAAAGAAAAGUUCGGUAAUACAUUUGGGUAAAAACUGCAAAAAGGCCCACUUUGGAACUCCUCCUUCCCCCUUCCAGUAGGCUGGCUACGGGCCUGCAUUAAUUAUAUGGAAUGCUCUGCUUGGGCAAACAUGCAUAUAGGCCAUGUCCGUCAAAGACUUGUGUUUUACAAUAUUAAUAGAUAUGGAUCCAGGCCGCACGAUGGUCACUGUAUAUUUAUUGUUGAUUACAUUUAUGCUUAAUCAUAGACAUAUGCUUAAUCACAUAGACCUAAAUGACUUAAUGUAAACUACAAUUUUUUAAUCUUCAGUUAGGCUAGCUUGUUUAGUAAAGCUUACUUUGAUCAUAUUAGCAGGGACGGUUCUACGUGGGGGCCUACAGGGGCAAGUGCCCCUGUAAAAAUGUCCCUGGCCCCCCCUCUGGCCCCCCCUCUGGCCCCCCUGAGCUGAUGGAUUUUUUUUUUCUUCCUCUAGUAUUCAUCAUGUAACAAGGAAGGGACAUUGCAGCCUUUUUUGCCCCAGUGAAUAAACAAGUGAGAGAAACGUA